AUUGUAUUUGGGAGAUCAAAACAAAUGAGAAAUCAAAACAAAUAUUGAAACAUGCGUAUACUUUCCAUCGAAAAGAACAACAAAAUACCAAACUCCUCGCAGAUGUUACCUCCACAUACGGGUGAAAGGGACUUACCGAGCCUGCCCGAGUAAGGCUGAACCUAACCAGAGCUGUUUGCCACCAGACAGUGCGCAUGCGCGAAAACUCCCAAUUGUAAUAAGUAUCAAUGAACUUGCCUAUAAAUUGUCCACGCCAUUACAAGAGCGCUAUCCUGUGAGCUAAUUCGGAUGCAAGUUGCAAGAUGUUCGUCUAUGUUUUAAUUUCAUCCUUCAUCGUGGCCACUGUGGCUACCCCGAGUUACGAUCCUAGGCCCGGUGGCUGUCCCGACGGCUGGUUGGUGUUCAAGGACUCGUUUACCUGUUUGCAGAUGAGACCAGAGUCGACUGGUCCGCGGCCAUUGACGUCUGUGAGUCUCACAACCAUUCACACAUUGCUACGAUGGAGACCAGAGAUGAAUACAUGUUCCUCAAAGAUCAUGCCCGUAGAUGAGUCAAAGGCGCGAAUGACGUUUCGGCCUCCUUCUGGCUGGGAGGCUCUGAUGCCCUGGUGGAGGGUAAAUGGCUCUGGUACACCAACGAGCAAAUGUCUUGAAAAACACCAGCCCACUCUAUAAAUUUAUGAAGUAUUUGGAUAGUGCGUGUGUAUCUGCG